UCAAGCAGAUGUACUCUCAGUGAGACCAGGAGUUCCUCAGUUGCCAUCAUGUUGCUGGGAGUGUUGUUUCUUCUGUUCCUUACCAGCCAAUAGGUCAGUGGAUUCUGGAAGAAUGGGAGCCAGGAUCCUACCUACUCACACUUGCCAGGAGGUCAGUGGUUUCUGGAAGAAUGGGAGCCAGGAUCCUACCUACACACACUUGGGUUUCUAUCAGAAGAACCUGACAUGCAACGACGCCGGAACCACGUGCCAGCUUUGCUACACUGCGCAUGGUCAUGACGGAAAAGCUUAUUUACACGGGAUCCAAUAUACGACCGAACCCUACAAGUUGGAAUUCACCAGCUUAGCCGGACGUUAUGACGACAAAUACUCCAUCAUUCAAGACGAUCCGAACCAGACAUUCCGACUAUGCUCGGAGCUCCAAAUGGAGUAUUCUCCCAUGAGAGACAGGAAGCUUGUCAUAUGCCUGGAUACUCGCUUCCCUUCCGGUGAAGUUGUGCCAGAGACCUGUGCCUCACCCAUCGCUGUGACUUCACUGCACGUUAACUAUGGAGACAAGGAGAUGAGGGGCCAACAGGUGUUAGUGUGUAAGCCUUAGCAAUCAGUGGCGGCACUGAAGGAGAGUGGAGUGUCCACAAUACCCCAACCAACCCAGCAUGGUUUUCGAUUUCCUUUAUUUCUUACUUUCAAUUGUUUAUCAACCUUAUUCUAUUUUUCGUCUCUUUAUUUUUUUAAACUAUGUUUUGUUUAAACGCAAAAAAGCUACUUUGUUCUGUUUUUUUAUAAUGCAACUAAUGCUCUGAAAAUACAUUUGUAUUUAUUGGCUGCUUUUGCGCCAAUAACGCACAAAGGAUAUGCCUCAAUAAUUAUCGGUCCAUAAAUGAAUCAAAAUGUGAAUUGUGAAUAUUCCAUAACUGGACGUUGUAUACUUGUUCGAUGAGCAAGUCAAAAGUAAAUAAAUGUUGUUCUAUUUCAAGAAAACAAGCAGUUUGAAAAUAAAUAUCUGAGUUGGUGUGGGUAAAACUCGUAAAUAGUACAGGGAGCAACUUGAAGCUAUUCCCAAGCACAAAAGCAAAGCAAAACAAACACUCAAGCUCUACGUGUAGUCUACAAUCGUGGACCAUUGUUGUUGUUUUCCUAAACGUUCGGGACAACUGUAAGCCCUUUCACGAUAUGAAGGAAUAUGGUAUUCAUUAAAAUACAAAUGUAAGCAAAAGUACUUCAAAUUUCGCUUUAAAUUUACAUAAAGGGUUCUUACUGUGACAAUUUGGG